AAAUUUUUUGUGUAAAUUUUUUUCGUUGUACCUUUUGAAAUCCCGAUCUGGCUGGGCCAUAGAACAUAUCACGCAGCGAAAUUAAACGAGUGGCAAAGUACAAGCAAAUCAUGAUGCAUAUAAAGCGAACCGUAAGUGGAAGCUCGGUACAUUUGAGUUGUGUCGGGCGAACGAGCGUAGUCGCUGUGAGAAAGAUGACUAAAAUGUUUGAUUUUUACGUCAAUAAUACCGCUGGGAAAACCUCCCAGGAAAACGGACAUCGCCUAGACCUCGCCAACAAGUCAAAAGUGCAGACGUCCACUAUGUCCACAUACGAAAGGGAUCGCUUGGGCCAAAGAAACAUCGGGGACAAUGAGGCCUGCUGCAACAGCAUCGUCAGCGGUGUCAACAGGCUGACGAAUCCCGGUUGGAACAAGGGCAUGGCUUUUUCUUGGGAGGAACGUCAAACAUUGGGUAUCCACGGUUUUCUUCCUCCAAGGGUAAAAACUCAAGAAGAACAAGUAGAGCACUGUUGCGUCUGCCUUGCUCGUCUUGACAACGAUCUUGACAAAUACAUGUACCUACAAAAUCUCCUUGAUCGCAACGAAAAGCUCUUCUAUCGCCUCAUAGGCGAUAACGUGCAACAACUAAUGCCUCUAGUUUAUACACCAACUGUAGGUUUAGCGUGUCAGAAGUUCGGGUUAGUCUACAGUCGGCCAAGAGGCUUGUUUAUCACUAUAUAUGAUAAGGGCCAUAUAUAUGAUAUUUUAAGGAACUGGCCUCAGUCGGAUGUCCGAGUAAUCGUGGUGACCGACGGAGAGCGUAUUUUAGGUCUUGGUGAUUUGGGAGCCUGUGGUAUGGGUAUACCGAUAGGCAAACUGUCGUUGUAUACUGCUCUAGCUGGAAUUAAACCACACCAAACAUUACCCAUAACUUUAGAUGUAGGAACUAAUACAGAAAAAAUGCUAAACGAUCCUUUAUACAUCGGCCUAAGACAAAAGCGUGUAAGAGGACAAGAAUACGACGAUUUUAUUGAUGAGUUCGUCCACGCUGUGGUUAGAAGAUGGGGACAGAGUACCCUCAUCCAAUGGGAAGAUUUCGGAAACGCUAAUGCUUUCCGUUUAUUAGCCAAGUACAGGGAUGACUUCUGCACUUUCAACGACGAUAUUCAAGGUACUGCGAGUGUAGCCGUUGCCGGCCUUUUGUCAUCCCUAAGGAUUACUAAAACUCGCCUAUCCGAUCACGUCAUCUUAUUCCAAGGAGCCGGUGAAGCUAACCUUGGAAUAGCAAACCUCUGCGUCAUGGCGAUGAAAGCCGAGGGUACUUCAGACGAAGACGCCCACAAGAAGAUCUUCAUGAUCGACACAAAAGGGUUGAUUGUCAAGGACAGGCCAGAGGGUGGCAUUAGUGCACAUAAAGCGCCUUUCGCUCAGGCAGUUCCGCACAUUAAAACUUUAACCGAAGCUGUAAAAACCCUCAAACCGUCCAUGCUGGUCGGUGCUGCCGCAAUUCCCGGUGCUUUCACUGAGGAGAUUUUGAAGGAAAUGGCCAAGAACAAUGAACGCCCAGUUAUUUUCGCCUUGAGUAAUCCAACAUCGAAGGCUGAAUGCACUGCUGAACAAGCUUAUAAACUCACUGAUGGCAAAGCGAUUUUUGCCAGUGGCAGUCCUUUCGACCCUGUGGAGUUGAAUGGAAAGACUCACGUUCCAGGCCAAGGAAACAAUUCGUACAUUUUCCCGGGCGUUGGUUUGGCAGCUAUGUGUGCUGGAAUCCGUACUAUCGGCGAAGACAUAUUUUUGAUUGCUGCUGAGGCUUUGGAUGAAUUGGUAACUGAAGAAGAUUUAGAAAAGGGAAGUCUGUAUCCUCCUUUAUCAACGAUUCAAGACGUCUCAGUGAAAAUUGCCUCAAGGAUUGUAGAAUAUUCAUACAAACAAGGAACGGCGAGUGUUUGCCCGCAACCAGAUGACAUAGAAGCUUUCAUCAGGGCCCAAAUGUAUAAUACGGAUUACACCUCUGUUGUUCCCGAUACUUACGCGUUCCCUGGCAGUGGAAAAUAAAUAAUUUAUUUGUAUUGAUAGGUACUAUACAUGUUGAUAUUUUACUCUUCGGUUGGUGGUGCAAAGUGAACUGUCGACGAGUUUAUUUUGUAAAUUUAUUUUUAAAUUAAAUAUAAAUUAUUAUUUUA